UGUGGAAUGGUAUAUCGAAAUGCCUUCUCUAUUUGAGUAUUCUGAAAGCCUAACUUUUCCAAUCUCAGAUUCAAAUAGUGUUGAAUUAACUUUGAAUUCUACAGAAGAAAAGAUGAAAAUUUUGAUUCACUUUAAAGAUGAUGAGUCUGAAUCAUCUCAACAAUUAACAUGCACGUUAUCUCUCUUCGAUAAAAUAGGAUGCAAUCUGGGUUCAAAGCGUACUGGGAAUGUGUGUAAAAGGGGAGAAACUUGGACUUUUCCAGAUUUAAUAACAAAGGAAAUGUUAAGAUGUUGUGAAACGAAUUCCUCUCGGUAUGAGUUCAUGUUGAAGUGCGAUGUUUGUAUUUCCAGGAAAACUCAUACAAAUUCUAUCGAAAGAUUGAAAUUCGUGUCACCUUGUAGCCUGAAAUCCAUACGCAGAGAUAUUCCAAUCCCUGCCAUGCAAAGUAACUUUCGAAGCAUUUUCCUGAACCAAAAUGACUCUGAUGUUACAACUCGUUGCAAAAAUGAUGAAUUUCCUGCUCAUAGGCUUGUUUUGAAAGUUCGAUCCCCAGUGUUUGCCGCCAUGUUUGAUCAAGACAUGCUGGAAAACAAAACCGGUGUAGUGGAUAUCGCUGACAUGGACGGAAAGACUUUGAAAGCGUUUCUUGAAUUUUUGUACACGGAUAAAGUGGAUAAAUUGGAUUACGAUAUUGCCAAGAAUCUAAUAUUAACUGCCGAUAAAUACCAAGUGCCGUCGCUUGUGGAUAUGUGUGCUUCAUUUUUGAUAUCCAUUAUAUCAAUUGAAAAUGUGUGUGAAAUUAUUGCAAUCGCUGAUAUGAUAAAUUGCAAGAAUUUAAAAUCUUUUGCGCUGAAUUUCAUUAAGGUUAAUGCUGCUAAAGUAUUGCCUACUGCAGCGUGAACAGAAUGGAUUCAAGAUAAUAUUAAGCUAGCUACAUAUAUUCUAUCGGAAUUAUCUACUGCUAUUGGCACCAAUUACAAAUUAAUUUAACCUUUUAUUUUUAUAACUUAAAAACUUUUUAUGAAGAUUUUCGUAAAAUAUAUAU